GGGUCAAAGCAAGUUCUACUUCCGGAAAUCACCGGUGCGUACCAAACAGUAAGUCGAUCUUGGAUGGUUGUGUGUAUGAUCCUCUGUACUUGUGAGUAACUGCAGACACUAGCUGGGAUUAUGGGAAAAUACAUCAAAGAACAUUAGUGAUAUAAAGGAAAUCUAAAAGACAUUGAAUGUUUUUCAUUCUGGAUAAUAGAGAUUCAAUGCAUCAUACAAUGAAGUGGCGACAAUAGGUUUGUUUCACUUGGAUUAAUGAUCUUGUGAACAGGUCAGAUGAAAUAGGUAAAAAGACAUUGUCAAUCAACCAGCAACAUGACAGAAGCUUUGCCUCGAGGAAAUUUCGGACCAGGAAUCACAACUCUACCUGUUAUUUCCUGGUUUGAGUUUCUCCUGAAUGACAAACUGCUGGAAAAUCAUCUACAGCUCGAAAAUCCAGAUCCGACACCUGUCCAGCUGAUCAUCCAGUUCCUACAGCAGGCAGAGUCACACCAAGCAGCCAACAAUGUGCAACAGAUUAUACAGCGGGAGAUGUCUUCACCUCUCCCUCCAAUCCCCACCAGCAACGGCCCGGGGCCAGACCAAAUCAAGACAGAGGAACAAGACACAAAAUUACAGAUAAAAGAAUUGAAGAAAGUCACUGCUUUGAAGAUGCUUGCCCUGAAAGUGACGGCUUACCUCAACUGGAAUCUGACAUUGCUGUCAAAGAGUGUGCCCCUGGUGAUGCAACAUGCCCUGCUGAAUGAGCUGCUGAAGGUCACUCUCCACACGGACGUGGACACGGUCAGCGGGUCUGUGUUGGAGUAUGAGGAGAUAUCUGACCAGGCUGUCUUUGCACUACAGCUGUACUACCGCUGGUGUCUCCUCGCCGUGGUCAAGGACAGCUUUCCUUCACGUCCAGUCAGAUCUUUCCUACAGGGGCAAGGUCAGCCUGACCCUAACAUGACCUUGGCAGCAGCCAAUGAAAACCUGAUACGGACACUAAAGGAGAGGACAGCUGUCUUCGUGGCUAACCUAGAAAAGUGUGUCCAUUGUGGGCGCACAAUUAAGAUGCCAACAGCCAAAAGUUUCCAAAUCCCCGACGAACACACAGAUGACCCACAGUAUGACUGGGACGCAUCUCUCCCUAUCACACCAGAUGAGUAUAACUGUCAGAUAUUUUAUGAUUUAGGGAACUUUUACUUCUAUGAGAAAGGCUAUAGUCAUGCAUAUGUGAUGUUCAAGAGAUGUACAGAAUUAUUUGACCACUUAAAGUCCCCGGUUUACUGUAAUAUAGAUGAGACAAGGUUACGAGGCUAUAUGACAGGCUGCCACAGUCUAAGGGGCGUGACCGAGAACCAGGAAGUAAAACCAGAAAGUCUGUAUGAACAGGCGGAAAACAGCAAGAAAGACCAGUACAUGGGUAUAGUGGAGAUAUUGCUGGCAGACAACAUGAAGCAAGAACUGAGCACAUCCUACCGCAGUGACAUUGAGGCAGACAUUGCUGACAAGGGCGACAGCUCCACCAGCCUGUAUGUCCAGGUAGGGAUAUGUAAUGUAGUGAGGGGUGUGAUGGAAGGCAAGGCUUUGGUCUCACUACUGGCUGACAUUCUGGAGGAGGCAGAGAAGGAGACUGUUAAUUUCCUACUUAUGGUGAUAACAAAGGCGCUGAUGGGGGCUUCCUUUACACAGAAGAAUAAUCUCAAAUGCUUCAUAUGGCAUCUUAUGGACCUUUCACCUGCAGGGUCAAAGUUCAACACCACAGUGAUGAGUGAGCCAAUAUCAGACAGUUUCACAAAACAGGAGUUGGCAGAGAUGAAGCUUUUAGCCGAGGAAGAUGGCAGCAGCAGUUACGGUCAAAUUAUUGACGACGAUGUUACUACUGCCUGCUCCAGUAAUCCAGGAAGUCGAGGUGUUUCUUUCUUAUCAGAGGGGACCGAUUCAUCAGUGAGUUUAGGUAAUGCAGAACACCAGUUGAUGUAUAUCUAUGACCCGGACAUCAUGCGUCGCCUCGUCGUGGAGCUCUGUCAGAAGUACAACCGAUCACCUGCAUACGUCAUGUCCCUGAAUGAGAAGUGGAAGGUCCCACGCGACAUGCACCACAUCAUCAUGAACCUCCAAGCCAGUGACAACCAGGCCUAUGUUUACCUCCUAAUCGGCAAGGCCAAUCACUGCAUGGAUGUUCGGAUCUAUGACCGAGCUCGACAACUGCUGUAUGUUGCUGACCGUGUUGUGGCAGAAAUGUCCUACACGCUCUCCAAGCAUGUUCGUUGGCACAUCCUGCUAGCCGAUCUUCAGCAGUACUUCCUGUCAGAGACUCUAGCUGAGCAAACUUCACUGAAUGAUCUGGUCAAGAAAACCAAGACAUGCAUCACCUGUGUACGACUUGGUCAGGACGUACAGCCUAGUCGGAUUGUGUUAGAGCACUGUGCAGCUUUCCUACUAAACAUCCGUGACUGGCACUACCUCGCCAACAUGGAUAACUCUGGCUGUGGUCACAUCGAGCUAUGUCGUCUAUUUUCCUGUGUUUGUAAAGAACUGCCGUCCAUAAAAAAUGCCAGAAAACCAGGGAGAGAUUUAUGGGAAGCACUGAGACAUAUAUUCACAACAAGUACUCAACAAAACCGAGGGAACAGUGCUGCGAGGAACAGCGCCAUACACAGAGAGGCAAACUACGCCUGUGUCACCAAGGACGCCUUCAUAGAAUUCCUCAAAAAGAUCAAGGAGCCAAGCGUUCUGUCUGUGCUGAUAUCUGUUAUAACAAAGUACUACAACAUAUUGAGGGAUGAUAUAUCUUGUGAAAUUUCUAGUGACUACAUAGCCCUAUGGCCUACUACAUUGAGCAAUUCCUCGUUGAUCAAUGGUGAAGCAGUGGAAGAAGCCCUGUCAGUAUUAAUGCAGCAUGUCCUCCGUGUGAACCCGGCCCAACCCUCCUGGCUCCGAACCCAGGCUGACAUACACUUCGCCAACAACCAGUUCUCUCCUGCUAUGAAGUAUUAUAUGGAGGCUGGUGUGGUGGCCUCAGACUUCUUCUCUAGUGCUGUACCCAAAAGUAUAUAUGAGGACCAGGUCUACAGGAGGAUGGUCAAGUGUUGUACCUAUCUCCAGUGUCAUACUCAGGUGGCAGUGCUGUGUCAGUUCCUGGACGAGGUGGACUACACCACAGCGUUUAAGGGACUCCAGGAAAAGAAUGUGUAUGACGCGAUGGACUCCUACUACCCCUGUGUCUGGGAUAUCAGCAUUCUCGAGUUUCUUGUCCAUCUACACACAAGAAGGGGAGAGGUAGAGAAGAGACAGGCAGCUAUGAAGGCACUCAGCCAGAUAGACUUGAACAGCAACAACCCGGAGGAUAUUGUACAGAGGGCUGUACAGAUGAGGAAACGCAAAUUCCUUCGUUCCCUGGCCAAACAGUAUCUCUGAUGUUAAUCAUCACAAUAGCAAGAUAUAUGACAGUGCUCACCAUAAACAGUGCAUGAUCUCAAAGAAAACAAGAAAUAAAGACUAAAAGCAGGGAAGUUUUCAGAGAAGUUGUAACUGUAUCAGCAAAAUCUCAGCUCAUCACAUUAAAAUACCAUAUGUAUACUAAUUGUAGUGAACAGGACAGAUUCAUUUAUAUUUCUGUAUAUCCAGGUUUUCCAAAUUAUCUGUAUAGGUCCACUGUAGUUUCACUGUAAGGACUACAGAACGAAUUAUCUUCUGACUAACCUGUCGGACACAUUCAUAUGUCAUAUAUCAUGUUCGUUUAUCUAUUGACUAUUAUUCUAACAGGUUGUGUCACUCACCAACAUUCUUGCAUUAAUCAGAAUCCAGAAAAUGUAAAUACACAAUUCUAAUUGUAUAAGUCAGUCAUCACAUGUGAAGUUGUGUUUCAGCCACAACUGAAGACAGAUGAAAACGGAAUCUUGUAGAAUUCUUCCUGGUUUGUGGUAUAAAAAAAAGCCAAAAAGUGCUACCUUUUUAACUGCUGUUUGUGUCAGUUUUGCUAGUCCCAUGGUUUUCUUGUGCCAGUGUUAACUGGAACAUUGUUUUUUUCUGGAUACUAAUGGUACAGAAAACACUAUGUCUGGAACUAAACUGUGUUGCUGUUCCAUCUACUUGGAAGGUUUUUUUGUUGGGACAAACAAGGUUUCACUUUAUAUUUAUCUUUGGACACCCAGCAUUUUCCAUUUAGGUUUCGUAAAUUUUUAUCUGUUGUACGCAAAAUGUUAUUUAUAACGCACAUAAUUAAAAAAUAAUCAAAAUCUGGUCACUGCUGACUCCAGCCAAACGGUCAAGAACUCCAUUCUCAAUCUGCAUUAAGAGUUUUCCCGUGUCUGGAUGACUUUUUUAAGAUUAAGAAAUGGUGUAUAAGCUUAUUAAGUGUCUAACCAAAUUGAUGUCGUACUUACCACGUCCAAUCAGGUUUGUGUAUGAAUCUCAAUGCCUGGAGCUGAUGUUUCUCUAUAUAGCAUAGUGCUUUUUGCUGUUCAUUUAUUUCAUUCAAGUGCAGAUUCACUGCUACGUGUCUAUGAAAUACUGUCCCUGGCAAAAGACUUCAUAAAGAGUGCAAAUUGUUAUAGCCGCAACAAAAGUCAUUCAUAAAGUUGUGAGAAUUAAUGCAAACAAAGGAAAUCUCCCUGAUUUCGAGAUGGAAAUAAAAGUGAUUCUGACAGCAUGAUAUUAACAAUGUCCACGAAUUCAAGUUGAUGUGACACAUAAUUUAACAGAAAUAACAGAAUUUCUACUGUGGAAAGUAAGUCUAUUCACAAGAGUUCAGAUGUAUGUAACAGUCGCAUUACUUUUUGAACUACAAUAUAUAUUUUAGGAUAAGUUAAAUAUAUAAUUUUUCGUUUUAACUAAAUCUUCUUUCUAAUAAUAUACAUGACAAGGGUAGUAGGAUGAGGCAAAUAUCAAAACUAUUGUUGCAUUUCUGUGUCAUAUAUCGUCAAGUUUUACAUUUACUACAUCGUGUUCAUCCAAUUACUGUCUGUAAAUAGUGAUUAAAACCAUCACUUUUUACCAGUAUGAAGAUAAUUGUUAAGUUUGACGACACCAUAAGUUGUUAUUUUUGAUAUUUCUUUAAAGUAAUUCAGAGUAAAAAAUGACUUAUAUGGUAUUUGAUUGUAUAUAUAAAUAUUGUUUUGUAUGGUGUUUUUUUCAGGACGGAAAAUAAAUACUCUUUUGAUGUA